AUGGGAAAACUGUCACGUCGUAUCAUCAUGGCAGACGGGAGAACCGGAGAACCUAAGAACGACGUCGUCGAAGCUUCAAUGUCCAGCGCCUCUUCGACCGCGGGAGCGAACACUCCUACUCAAUCAACUUUCAGUGAAAGUUAUGAAGAGAUAUCGGGAUACCCACACAUCUCACACUCCCACGAUAUCCCUUGGCCAGGGUCAGCAUACGUCAUUCGCUCCUGCCUUGAACGUCGUGUCCUCACACUCGCACAUGGCUGUCUCGAACUGAAGGAUCAACCAGUACACGCCGGGGGUUGGAAGUGGGAAUGCGUCGAGAAGGACGGCUGGUUGGGCUUUCGAAACACUGUAUCAGGGACGUAUUUAGGACACGACGGUGCAGGAACAUUCCGGGCAACAGCUCUUCGUCAUGCGGCGUGGGAGUAUUUAGGCAUGAGAAAAUGUCCUGAGGGUGGUUACCUUUUGUUGACGGUGCAUGGAUGGAAGCUGAGAAAGAUGGAUACCGCAAAAGGCUCAAACACCUUGGUUGAGACUGAAAUGAUCAGAUCGCGUUCUGGGAUUGAUGGGAUCAUUCGUGAGGGGGGGUCUCUGUGGGAGUUUGUGAAGGUAUAG